GCUAUCCUUUAAAACUGAAACUGGAAGAAGGUUUAAAAAUGAGGCUGACCUUGAGCUUGUGGAGACUAUUUCCCAGUCGGGUUUAUUUAGCGCCAAAUAUUUGUAGGAUAUUAUAAUUUCCUCGAAUACUUAUAUGCUAGGAUGUUGAAAAGUUGAUUUGUGUAUUUGAAGCAUGGACUUGUACGUGGUGUUAGAAACUCAUCACUGCUUUUUAUUCAACGGGUGUAAAUGUAAAAUAAUAAAUUUAACCUGUUUUUGCCUAGUUAUGUGGGUCUUGUGGCGAAUAUCAUACCUGUUAGAAUUUAUAAAACAAUAGUACACGGAGACUAGUGAUUGAUGUCGUUUUACCAGUUUGUAUGUAACAAGUUACGGCUACUGGAUGGAGUUCAUAUCAAACUCUUUUAUUGCAUUUGCCACAACCUCAAUCUUUUGGAAUACAUGGGAAUAUUAGAACUUUGUCUAGUACUACUAAUGUGAUUACAAACGCUAAUUUGGAUGCUCCCGCUGGAUCAAAACACUUUUUAGGCCUAGGGUUUCAUAAAGAACUCCCAAAGGCUUGUUAUGGCGGCCGCCAUACUGUUGCAAUGCUUCUCGGGGAUGGUGUAGGACCCGAACUUCUAUCAUACGUCAAAGAAGUUUUCCAAGUUAUUGGAGCUCCAAUAGAUUUUGAGGAAGUUGCCGUAAAUCAAGAAUCUGAAGAUAUUACAUUUACUGAUGCUCUACUUGCUAUGAAACGCAAUGGUGUUGGAAUCAAAGGAAAUUUUGCCACAGAACCAGGUCAAUCGUCAAGAAAUGUAGCUCUCCGUUUAAACUUGAAUUUAUAUGCCUUUGUCCAACGAUGUCGAAACUUUCCAGGUGUGGUUACACGUCAUCAAAAUGUCGAUAUCGUUAUAAUACGUGAGAAUACAGAGGGUGAAUAUAGUCGGUUGGAGCACGAAAAUGUUCCUGGAGUGGUAGAAUCUUUGAAGAUUAUAACUAGAGAAAAAUCCACUAGAAUUGCCCAGUUUGCAUUUGAUUAUGCCGUUCGACAUAACCGAAAAAAAGUCACAGCAGUACACAAAGCCAAUAUCAUGAAAUUGGGCGAUGGUCUAUUUUUAGAAGUAUGCUCUUCAAUGGCCAAAAAUUAUCCACAGAUUGAAUUCAAUCAUAUGAUUAUUGAUAAUACAUGUAUGCAGUUAGUUAGUAAACCGCAACAAUUCGAUGUGAUUGUUUUACCAAAUUUAUACGGAAAUAUAGUCGGUAAUGUGGCAGCUGGUUUAGUCGGUGGAGCUGGUCUAACAACAGGUAUAAAUUUAGGCCCACAAAAUGCCUUGUUUGAAAUGGGCACACGGAAUUCUGGACGUUCCUUAGCUGGGAAAAAUAUUGCUAAUCCAUGUGGUAUGUUAUUGACAUCAGCAGAUAUGUUAGAAUAUUUAGGUCAUAUCAAAGAAGCUAAACUUAUUCGUGAUUCAGUUGUGAAUGUUGUUGGAGAACAAAAAAUACGUACAGCUGAUUUGGGUGGUAGUUAUAAAACUAGUAAAGUGAUUGAAGCAGUCUUGAAAAGUUUAAGAAGUCAACUUGCAUCGUGAUGAUAGUGAAAGGAAUGACGAAAUUGGGAACUAUUGUGUUUGCACUUAGCAUAUAUAUUUAAAGUAUCCGUAUAGCUUUCAGCACUAUUCGUUGUAAUUUGGUCUUGGCUUCUGCCCUAUCUUCAGGUUAACACAUUUAGUGAAACAACAGAUUCAUACCCACGUUAUCGUAUACGUUUGCUAUGAAAUAUGUAAAAUAUGCUUCAAAUAUAUAUUUCAAGAAUAGUAG